CCAAGGCAGCAUCGAAACCACUCCAUUUCGCAGGCAGCUCCCUAAAAAAGCCAAGCCCACGACCCCUCCCGGCGGCCGGCGGCGUGGUACACACCCGUGUCAAGCUCUAGCAGCAAGAAACGAUGGCGCAGGGCGCGCUGCGUGGCCCCUCCGACUACUCCCGCGAGCCCCCUCGCCACCCCUCUCUCCGCAUCAACGCCAAGGAGCCGUUCAACGCGGAGCCGGAGCGGCGGGACCUGGCGGCGGCGUACAUCACCCCCGUCGACCUCUUCUUCAAGCGCAACCACGGCCCCAUCCCCGUCCUCGACGACAUCGACAGCUAUUGCGUGACCAUCGGUGGCCUCGCAGGCAGGCCGAGGCAGCUCUCGCUGGAUGACAUCAGGAAGUUGCCGAAGUACAAUGUUACCGCCACUCUACAGUGUGCAGGGAACAGGAGGACGGAGAUGAGCAAGAGUAGGAAGGUCAGGGGCGUUGGCUGGGAUGUUUGCGCUCUUGGGAAUGCAACUUGGGGAGGAGCUAAAUUAUCAGAUGUCCUUCAGCUCGUUGGUGUGCCAUAUCAUACUGAAAUCACCCCGUCUGGCGGAAAGCAUGUUGAAUUCAUUAGUGUUGAUCAGUGUCCAGAGGAAAAAGGUGGCCCAUACAAAGCAUCAAUUCCCUUGGGUCAGGCAACAAAUCCUGCAGCAGAUGUACUGCUUGCAUAUGAAAUGAAUGGCGAGGUACUCAAGCGUGAUCAUGGAUACCCUCUCCGCGCCAUUGUUCCAGGUGUCAUUGGUGCUCGUUCUGUCAAAUGGUUAGAUAGAAUUGACAUUAUUGAGGAAGAGUCUCAGGGUUUCUUCAUGCAAAAAGAUUAUAAGAUGUUCCCUCCUUCUGUUGAUUGGGAUAAUAUUGUGUGGUCAACCAGGAAGCCCCAAAUGGACUACCCAGUUCAGUCUGCAAUAUGUUCUUUGGAAGACAUUAGUGCUGUCAAACCAGGGCAGGUCAUUGUUGCUGGAUAUGCCUUGUCAGGAGGUGGUAGGGGCAUUGAGAGGGUUGACAUUUCCCCUGACGGUGGUAAGAGUUGGUUUGAGGCACACCGGUACCAAAAGCAAGGUGUUCCAUAUGUGGCUGGUAAUGUAACCAGUGAUAAGUGGGCAUGGGUGCUCUUCAAGGCCAUUGUCGAUGUCAAAGGCGACACCGAGAUUGUUGCUAAAGCGGUUGAUUCCAGUGCGAACGUGCAACCUGAGAGCGUGGAAUCGAUCUGGAACCUCAGAGGGAUUCUGAACACAUGUUGGCAUCGUGUCCGCCUUCUGGCAACACCUAACCUUAGAAGUUUCAUGUGAUCCCUCCCAUCCAGGCACCCACACAUUUUCAUCAGCUUGUACUGUUGUUACCAAUCCACAACCCAGCAACUUGGCAUUGCCAUUCCGGUUGCGAUCUGCACAGGAGUAAAUAGAGGUAAGAGGGUUAAUUCCAUCUCCGCGGAAAUUUGUGGGUAACUUGUUUGGAUGGAAAAAUAAAUCCCGUAUUGUACCGUGGCCGUGUACUCCCGUUUUAGGUUACAGAAAGUUAAAUCAGCUUCGAAAUACUA